CGCAGCUCACAGCAAGGUGCUCGUCAAUCCAACAGCAAAACUUUACGUCGAGUUAUCACGAUGCGUUACUGCGUGGCCGCUCUGUGGCUGUCCGCACUGACCACCCUCGCGGUGGCGGCGGCAGACGACGCCCACCACGAGCCAGCACCGCCACAGACUGACAACGAAAUAGAAUUAAGCGAAGAGGAGAAGCGCGCCUGGUCCAGCCUGCAUGGCGGCGGCGGCUGGGGCAAGCGGGGCUGGCAGGACAUGAGCUCCGCCUGGGGCAAGCGUGCGUGGCAGGACCUCAACUCUGCCUGGGGCAAGCGGGGCUGGAACGACAUGAGCUCGGCUUGGGGCAAGCGAGCUUGGCAAGACCUCAACUCCGCUUGGGGCAAACGCGCGUGGAGGGACAUGUCACAGUCUCCUUGGGGCAAACGUGGCUGGCAAGACAUGAGCUCUGCCUGGGGCAAGCGGGGCUGGAAUGACAUGAGCUCGGCAUGGGGCAAGCGAGGCUGGAACGACAUGAGCUCUGCCUGGGGCAAGCGAGCCUGGAAUGACAUGAGCUCGGCGUGGGGCAAGCGAGGCUGGAACGACAUGAGCUCUGCCUGGGGCAAGCGAGGACCUGAAAAGUGGGCCAACUUCCACGGAUCCUGGGGCAAGCGCACCGCGGAGCCUGACUACGAAGAGAUUGACGCGGCUAUCGAACAACUGAUUCCCAUUCAACAGCUGUCGGAGAGCGAGCGAAUGGAAGCACCCGAGAAGAAGGCGUGGUCAGCACUGCACGGCGCGUGGGGCAAGCGACCUGUCAAGCAGGCUCAGUACAACAGCGGAUCGUAUUACUGGAAGCGAGAGCCAGCCUGGACUAACCUAAGAGGCAUGUGGGGCAAGCGCUCGCCGCAGGCGGACGCCGACGCGGUAGAUGAUGACCACGAGAGCAGUGCGCGGGACGAGGCCUAGACUACCGGAAACUGUAUCAUAUUAUAUAACUAAAUAAAACUAAUAUUGCAUAACAACUGUCAUAUCUUAGGUACAUCUGUCUGUCUGUCCACGUCACUGUGUCUAGCGUGUCUUCAUGUACCAGUGCUUCAUAGGUCUCUUCAUGAGCGUGCUCUGAACUAACGCUUGUAUCAGUCACACUGCAUCGCACUGGACAUUGUUAUUAUUGUAGAUAAGGUUUUGUUAUAUAGUUAUCAUAAAUUACUGAAGAUAAACAUAUUUGUUUUGCUCUGUGGUAUCACUUGAAUAUUUAAUGUAUGUAAAAUGCGCGCCAUUUUUAUUUUCAAUAGUUAGACCACAGAGUAUAGAGCGACGUGCAAUCCGUUUCACUUCCAACCAGUGGGACGCAUUCUCGUUGUCGGUGGAGUUCCUAUAGCUUGCUGCCUCCGUUGUCGCCCGCGCCACACGCGUGACGCGUUGUUGCGCCGUGCAAUGUUUAUCAGCAGUUUGUGAGUCCCGCGCUCCGCUACCAAACAAUACUCGUACAAAUUGUAGUCGUUACUAUGUCACCUUCUAGUGUAAACGAAAUUUUUAUCAAAUAUAUUUACAUUAAGACAUUUAUUUUUACGACGUUUAAUAUAUUGUGUGGCGGCUGUCGCCGCUGUAACUCUAAGUGUCAU